AUGGAAAAUCUUUUAGAGAUGUGUGCCAAUGUCGCCGUUUUGAUCAAAUUUGCUGCACUGAGUCGCCGCGGGCGAGCGAAGCGAAACGGGGCAGGCGCGCGGCGCGUGUGUGGUUGGUUGGUCUGUGCUGGGGGAGGGGGCGGCGCUCUGGCCGCCCGGUGGCAGGGAGGCAGGCCGCUCGCCUGCCGGGCGGGGGGCGUGGGGGCGCUGCCUCCCAAUUACCUGGCGCAGCACCGCAUCGUGCUGGCCUCCCUCAACAAGGCGACCACGCGCCUUCUCUGCGACGUCUGCCCCGGGGAGCGGCCGGCGCGGCGCCUGGAGCGCGUGGCCGGCGACGCCUCCGCCGCCGUCGCCUUCGCCGACGACCUCCUCGCGGAGGCUUCCGACGCCGAGGUGCUGAGCCUGGCGGCGCCGGUGCUGCGGCGACUGCAGGGCGUGGCGGCGCCGGCGGACGGCGCCAAGCUGCAGCAGCUGCUGGAGGCGCCGCGCGUGUCGGAGGAGCUGGCCUUCAUGGCGGGCGAGGGCGCGGGGCUGGUGGGCGGCUUCCCGCUCGUGGGCGUCGUCUCCACGCAGGCCGCCUGCCCCGCGCGCUGCACGCUGCUCGCCGCCGGUGCGUACAUCCCUCCAAGGGGUUUGCACGCAAUGUCGGGAUCGUGCGUCGGCGGACCGGCAAUACCAAACGAAAUGGACCGUCGGCCGACAGACGUGUUUUCGGGCGCCCUACGCAGAGCGUUGUUGGAUUGUCGAGUUCACAAGCGAACGGAAGUAGUUCUGCAAACUCGAGAUAAUGAUGGGGAACCCCUUUGCCAUGGAGGUGAGAAGAUUGCUGCUGAAUUGCGUCAUCGAGAUGCGAGCAGUAGGGAAGUCCUUUUCCCGUAUUGGUGCGAAUUCAAAAGGCUCAUCAGGGGCAGUACCAUUGCUGCUGCUUUUGUUCCAGUGGAGGAAACAAGGAGACUACUUGUGGAUGUGGGGCUACUAUGCCAGGAGGUUACAUGGGAUGUGGUCAUGGACAUCUUGGGCAUCCUGGCCGUCGUCAUUGGUCUUGUUGUGGGAAUGUGCUGGAGAAUUCAGAGUGUACAACCCGGGGACGCAGCAACUCUGCAGUUUAUCAGUUCACAUUAUAGACGACUCCAAUAAUAAUAAGAUCUCCAAUUCUUCAAGAAAAAUACCACUCACCAGAAACAAGAAAAAAGUUAACCAUGAAACCGUUAUUGUCUAUAGGAUUUGACUAUAUAAAUACUGUCUAUACUAUAACAGGAUUUAAUUGUCUAGCUUCAUAUAAAUGAACUUAUUCUCUUUCAUUUGAAACCAAUUGUCGAAUGAAAUACUACGUAUUUUAUGUACAAUCGAAUCCAACAAGUAGCUUUAAUCGUUUUAUUCAUUAUUGUCUUAAUAGACAGGCCUGCACAGCCUUUUGCACUUUCACUGACCUCAGGUGGCUCGCGCGAGCCACUCGUGUGCAAAUGCAGGCAGUGAGGAAGGGAGUGAAUGAGACUCAUUCGGGGAGUGGGGACCAUCAAUGAGAAUGUGCAAUUCGAACCGUAGCGCAUAAAUUGACAGAGCAACCGGCGAGAACAUGACUGACGUUACACACAGUUCAAGAAAUACUGUUUUUUGUAUAUUGGAAAUGUUUGUUGUGGAUAUAUAACAAAUAGAAGUGAAUUAGACAUACGUAUUUUAUUUGGACACCAAGUAUUAUAGUUGCUUGUAGAUCAUGUAAUUUGCUUUGUUAUGAUGUAAUCGCAUGUGGUGCUAAAUACAAAACUGUUAUAUUGAAUCGUUUUGACAGUAAUAAACUAUUUUUUCAUUAA